AUGUCAGCAUUCUGUGACGUCAACGAAAAGAAUAACGAUGGACAAACACCACUGCACCACGCAGCUGAGAACGGCUGGGUGGAUGCGAUACACGUGCUAAUCGAGAACGGCGCAGACGUUUUAGCGAGGGAUAACAAAAUGAGGACGGCGCUGCACAUCGCGACAGAGAAGAGCUACACACUGGCAGUUCGAGAACUAUUAGUGUGGAACAACCAACAACGCGUAGUAAAGGAGGGAGAUAAACCAAGAAUAGAAGUCGCAGUUCAGAAUAUGCGCAAAAUUAUCGAUGAACUCUUAUUCCAGAGAAUCCACGACAUGCGACGUUCUGAUUCUGGAUAUAAUUCUUUGCUUGGUAGUAGCUAUAAUAUAUCUCAGCUUAUGGAAAGUUCCCCACAAGCUUUCCAAAGAGAUGAUGAACUAGCUGCACAGUAUUUAUCGUUAAAAACGUCGCUAGACAAACAGUUAGGAUUAACGUACAACGACGAAGCGAUGCGAACGCGAUCUGUGUUCAUGAAUCAGGCUGCAAAAACUAUAUUACGUUUUAUAAUCCCUAACAUAAAAAGUCAAAAUGCAUUAUUUCAGCAAUCUCAACUGCUGGAAAUAACGAAUAACAUGGAAACACCUCUAUUUUUCGUACCGGAGUUGGAGACCACGUGGUUUCUUAUAAAGGUGUUAAGUGUUAAUACCAAAGAUGAAAACGGACAAACAGCGUUAUAUUAUGCAACGAAGACACACAAUCGAAAUCAAGAGCUUAUAGGACUAUUGCUGGAGAAUGGUGCAGAUGUCCAAAUACGGGAUAAAUAUAACCAGGCAGCACUAACUAAAAAGGUGGCCAAAGCCGAAUUUGAGUGGGCGGUAAGGAACGGGUCUAAACGUCUAGUUAACAUUCUAUUGGACGAAGAUCAAUAUGAAGGUUGGGGUCUAGCAUCAUACACCGGAGAGGAAGCCUUGAAAUGGGCUAUGGAAAACGGAGGCGAAGGCAUGAUGCUGGGAUUAUUGAAUAGGCAGGAUUCUGUUCAUGUGAAUAGAGCAAACGGACAAGUAGCGCUGGGAUGGGCCGUGGAUAAGGGAAAUAAGGAGUUGCUGCGGCUAUUAUUACAAAAGGGCGUCGAUGUCAAAGCACAGAACGGGGAGAGAGUGCUGAAAUGGGCUGCAGAUACAGGGGCCAUGGAUAUGCUACAGCUACUAUUGGAUAAAGAUGUGAACGUUAAAGGGGAUGGUGGAGCAAGAGCACUGUGGCGGGCUGUGAAGGACAAGAAAACGGACAUGAUGCACCUGCUACUAAAGAAGGGUGUUAAGCUCAAACCAGAGAACACAGAGGCUCUUUUGUGCGCGGUACACAAUGAGGACGAGACGGCUAUUAAGGCCCUGGUAAACGCAGGAGCCAAAAUUACCCAUCAAGACGAAAGCAACUCGCCACUGCUGUAUGUCAUGCAGCCUCAUGUGCGUAAACGAGUACUGGAGUGUCUUCUUGAAAACACAGCAAAACGAGAUGCCGACAAAGAGGACUUAUCAGAGGCGCUGUAUCGGGCUUCAAGCUAUGGAUAUAAAGGUAAAGCAGCAGUUCUAUUAACCAAGGGAGCAGACCCUUCAGCAGAGCACAACGGAGAGUCUUGUCUAUAUGCGGCAGCGGAGAGUAAAGAGUGGGAAACCGUAAAUUUGUUAGUAAGAGAAGGAGCAGACGUUAAUGGAUCGUAUCGUGGAAAAACUGUACUACACCUGGCAGUGAAGAACGAGAAAUGGAAAUUAGUGGAACAGCUCGUUUGUAAAGGUGUGGACAUUGAUAUAACAGAUAAAGAUGGAAUUACACCCCGAGAACAAGCGGACAGAAAUGGCUAUGUGUUGGAAUAUAACGAAGCUAUCAGGAGGGGUCUUGAGUCGAGGUAA